AUGGCACUUUCCACGUUCGAUUGCGCAAGUUUCGUUGAAACCGCCAAAGAAUAUAGAGGAGACAGUGGAAGCGUUCUUCUUAUGUUUGAUGUUGAUGGAACGCUGAAAUCACACAUGGAUGGAAAUCGAAACAGAGUAGGAAGAUGGGUAGACAAAUUGCUUCAAGCCUUAUGCGACGAGCCGGGUUACCAUGUGUAUCUGAACACUGGGAAGUCCAGGGACUCUUUGAUAAGAAACUAUCGUGCAAUUACAAAUUUGGGGUGGUAUGGUGAACAUGGUGCGCUCUACAAAGCACCUACAGCCGCAUACCACGACUCUGAGUUUAUUGCAUACGACAAGAAUUGGGUCGAGACGACCAAGGAGCAACUUAAAACUAUUCGAAAUGAAAUGGGUUAUAGGCAUCCAAAUUGGCCAGGUAGAGGGAAAAUGGACCCAGAGAAACUUGCCACGAUCACCUUCACAACAAAGUCACAAAAUCACGAUUUCAACGAUUUCUGGACACGCAUCUCAAGUGAAUUAUCGGACAACGACGCCAGAGUGACUUAUCACUAUGCGAGCGGCACUUUGAUGGAGAUAACGCCCCCCGAUGUUCACAAAGGAACCGCGGUGGAGCAUCUGAGGGAUCAAAUUGAACAUCCGUAUCAUCUUGCACUUGCGGUGGGAGAUGAUGAGCGAGAUUCGGACAUGUUUCGAGCAAUCAAAACGUCCGGGAUUACCUCAGAUCCAUACACGGUCAUGAUCACCGAACAAGCGGGACCAGACACAGAGGCUCAGUAUAGGUUGGGGCAUUACUACGAGCUUUUGAAGAUGCUACAACAAUUGGUACCUGACUUUACCGACCCAUUCCCUGUGUAA